AUGCGUAUCCGCAACACCGAGGUGCGCCUCAGAGUUAUCUUCAACUAUACCAUCCUUUGCCUAGCAUGCACCACUAUCCUGGCCAUAGCAAUCAUCAACUUCAUGGAAGAGAUAACACCAAUGCUAGUCCACCUCCACACACAAGCUCAGGUCGGCUGCAAUGGCCACGUGGAGCUUUGCGAUCGCAGAUACUCAAACAUUACCCAAAUAGCGACUCAUGACUCCGCAUUCGUGGGUAUUCUACCAACGGACGAUCAGGAUGUCGAUGUCACGGCUCAAUUGGACGCAGGCGUCCGGUUUUUGCAGGCGCAGACCCACCGAAACGUUGUUGGAACACUCAGUCUCUGCCAUACUUCUUGCUUUCUCAAAGACGCAGGGAGUGUAGAGUCAUACCUCGAAGUGGUUAAAGGAUGGUUGGACACGCAUCCGAAAGAGGUGGUCACAUUGUUACUCACCAAUGGUGACAACGUCCCGAUCAACGACUUUGACAAAGUCUUCACUGCAAGCGGCAUCCAGCCGUACGCGUACGUUCCAGGACCGAGCCAUGACCCUUCUAUUCUAGAUUCAUGGCCGACUCUCGGAGAGUUAAUCGGAAAUGGUACCAGGCUUGUUGCGUUCCUCGACUAUGGGGCGCUGGACACUGUGCCUUAUAUCCUCCCCGAGUUCUUGUAUUUCUGGGAGACGCCUUUCGACAUGACCGAUCCAUCCUUUCCUCAAUGCAUCAUUGAUCGACCUGGUGGCGUUGUCAAUGACCCUGCUCAGUCUCACCAUCUCAUGUAUAUCGUCAACCAUUUCCUGGACACCGAAAUGUUGGGUAUGGACAUACCCGACAGGCGAGAUGCUCGGAAGACAAAUUCUGCAACCAGCGGUGAAAGUAUUAAUGCUCAAGUCAGGUUGUGUCAACAGCAACAUGAUAGGGCUCCAAAAGGGAUUCUGGUAGAUUUUUUUGACAAAGGGGAUGUUUUUGGGGUGCAAGAUGCGCUCAAUGGCUUUGAAAAUGCAAAAACUUGA